AUGCUGCAGAGUUCUGCUGGAACUCCGGGCCGACCGGGGCUCCGGCUACUGGUCGUUGUGUGUAUGUUGUUCCUGUGCGUGACACCUGCAGCGCUUCACCCCCAGUGUUUGGACUUUAAGCCACCCUUCCGUCCAGAAAGAGAUCUGGAGUUCUGCAUCAUGUACCGGGAGUUUGGCUGUUGUGAUCGCCAGAAGGACCAGGAACUGAUGGCCAGAUAUUACCGGAUCAUGGAAAACUUCACUGAGAAGGGCCAUGAGAACUGUGCCGGCCUCGUGUUGGAGCUGCUCUGCCAGGAGUGUUCACCGUUUGCAGCUCACCUGUUUGAUGCUGAGGAUCCCAGCACCCCGCUCCGGACCAUCCCAGGCCUCUGCCCCGACUACUGCUCCCAGUUCUGGAACCAGUGCCGCCCAAUCAUCCCUUUCAUAUCAGAUUACACACCUUUAAAUCAGGCCAAAGACGAUCAGAAUCGUUUCUGCAAGCUUCUAGAGCUGGAUGAUGCUGAUUAUUGUUAUCCUCACCUACUCAGCAAUCAUAAGCUGAACCAGAACCUGGGCCGGGUUCAGAAAGAUUCUGAUGGUUGUCUGCAACUAUGUCUGGAAGAGGUGGCAAAUGGCUUGAGGAACCCACUGGCUAUGGUUCACGCCAAUGACGGUACGCAUCGGUUCUUUGUUGCAGAGCAGGUGGGGAUAGUGUGGACUUACCUCCCUGACCGAUCCAAGCUGGAGAAGCCAUUUCUGAACAUCACCAAGGCGGUGCUGACAUCAUCAUGGGAGGGAGAUGAGAGGGGCUUCCUUGGAAUCACGUUUCAUCCCAAAUACAAAUACAAUGGCAAACUGUAUGUGUACUACUCAGUGGAGGUUGGCUUUGAUGAGAGAAUAAGGAUAAGUGAGUUCAAGGUGUCAACCAAUGACAUGAAUCUGGUGGACCACACGUCAGAGCGGGUAAUUCUGGAGAUCGAUGAGCCAGCGUCCAAUCAUAAUGGAGGGAUGCUGCUCUUCGGGGAUGAUGGCUACCUGUACAUUUUCACAGGAGAUGGUGGAAUGGCAGGAGAUCCAUUUGGAAAGCAUGGGAAUGCCCAGAACAAGUCUGCCCUAUUGGGUAAAGUUCUUCGAAUUGAUGUGGACAACAACGAGAAAGGUCCGCUGUACAGAAUCCCCACAGACAACCCAUUCAUCCACGAGCCUGGCGCACGCCCAGAGGUCUACGCUUACGGUGUCCGUAACAUGUGGAGGUGCUCGGUGGACCGGGGGCAUCCACAAACCAAAGAGGGGAAGAGUCGGAUCUUCUGCGGGGAUGUCGGCCAGAACAAGUAUGAAGAAGUUGACAUCAUCGAGGAAGGUCGUAACUAUGGCUGGAGAGCGAAAGAGGGAUUCUCCUGCUAUGAUAAGAAGCUGUGCACCAACAGCUCACUAAAUGACGUGCUGCCCAUUUACGCCUACCCUCAUAAGAAGGGCAAGUCGGUGACAGGAGGAUACGUGUACCGAGGCUGUGAACACCCCAACCUGAACGGCAUGUACAUAUUUGGAGACUUCAUGAGUGGGCGUCUGAUGAGCCUAAAGGAGAAUACGAACUCUGGAGAGUGGAAGUAUAAUGAAAUCUGCAUGGGAAUGGGCCUGACAUGUGCCUUUCCUGGACUCAUCAACAACUACUAUCCGUACAUCAUCUCCUUUGCUGAGGAUGAAUCUGGCGAGCUGUACUUCAUGUCCACAGGAACACCGAGCGCCACGGCUCCUUCGGGAGUCAUUUAUAAAGUAGUAGAUCCGUCAAGGUGA